AUGGAGUAGAAGCAUGAGGGGAGGAGGGCACACACACCGCUCCAAAUGGGGCAAAGGCCAGCUGUGGCAGGUCCAGAUGUGAGCGCGCACCGGACUUCCCUGAACCGCAUCAUAGCUGCUCCGGCAGGCAGGCAGCGUCUGUUCUUUGCUGAAAAUGCGACGCGCGUACCUGCCACCGAAACAGCGACAGCCCAAAAAGAGCCGCAGGCGCUACAAUGCUAAUGUUGUCGGGGGCUUUGACUUCUCCCAGCCACUGCAAAGAAGCCGCUCCGUGUGACAGGCACGGCGCCGCCGCUCUCCCUCCCGGUCUGUCGCUUUUUUUACGCCCUUUUCCGCAUAUUUAAGGAGGCGAGUUUAAAGAAAAGAAAAAAAAAGAAAAGCCGAUCUCCAGAACGUCUAGAUUAGUAGUGCAAGUAAUGGACGAAACGGAUAUCAUGGACCUAACGCAUCAGAAGGCGAAGAAGCGACCGCGUCCAAUCAGUUCCGUGGAUGAAGCGGUGCACGCGUCGCUGAAGCGGCUGCCGAUGCGAGCGGCGGAGUGCAGGGAGCCCUCCCUGAUGUUCGCUGUCAGAGGAGAGCCCGUCCCUGCAGCGUCUCUCAAGCAGAAUGACCACUCGGUGACUUCCUCUCCAACCACAGUGAUGCCUGCACAGGAUAAUCGCUCCAGCAUGUCCAGACCCAUCAUCACCCGGUCACCAGUGUCUCCAUUGAGUAACCAGGGCAUCCCCACUCCUGCACAACUCACUAAGUCCAAUGCCCCUGUGCACAUUGAUGUUGGUGGCCACAUGUACACCAGCAGUCUGGCCACCCUAACUAAAUUUCCUGAAUCGAGAAUUGGUCGUCUCUUUGAUGGCACAGAGCCCAUAGUCCUGGACAGCCUGAAGCAGCACUACUUCAUUGAUAGGGAUGGACACAUGUUCCGCUACAUUCUCAACUUCCUCAGGACGUCCAAGCUUCUCAUUCCAGACGACUUCAAAGACUACAGCCUGCUGUAUGAGGAGGCCCGAUACUUCCAGCUGCAGCCCAUGCUUGCUGAGUUGGAGCGCUGGCGCCAGGACCAGGAGCUGGGUCGGAUCUCACGACCCUGUGAAUGCCUAGUUGUGCGCGUUGCACCCGACCUGGGCGAGAGGAUCACCCUCAGUGGCGACAAGGCCCUGAUCGAAGAUGUUUUCCCAGAAAUUGGUGAUGUCAUGUGCAACUCUGUCAAUGCUGGAUGGAACCAUGACUCCACCCAUGUCAUACGCUUCCCAUUGAAUGGCUACUGUCACCUCAACUCUGUCCAGGUUCUGGAGCGUCUCCAACAGCGCGGCUUUGAGAUUGCUGGUUCCUGCGGUGGGGGCGUGGACUCAUCCCAAUUCAGCGAGUAUGUCCUUAGGAGGGAGUUGAGGAGGACGAGUCAGCGAGGACCCAAUUCAAACAGGAUAAAGCAAGAGCAGCUGGACUAGAAUCCUCCAGGGCAGCAGGGGGUGCUAGACUUUUCUGAUGCAGCCAAGCAAUGGGUGCCGCAGAGCUUUCUGGACUCUGUUUUUCUUCAUUUCCUUGUUAAUGUUUCUGUUUUCUUACACUUGAGAACCACAUAGAGAAUAAAAAUGAAGUGCAACAGGAGAUUUUUGCCAUACGAAGAUACAAGGCAUUUGAUAACUUUGAGAUUGCAAAGACAUUUGUGAUUGUCUUGUUCCCCAUACACCAGUUCAAAAAGUAUUUAUAUAUAUAUUUGCUGGAUCCCCAAACAAAGUUUGUUUUAAAACUUGGAACCUACAUUAGGUUAAAAAAAAUUGAUUUCUAACUUACUCAUAUAAAUUAAAAGACUUUUAUUGCUGAAGUAGUGUGUUGCAUAGCUUGUCGUCAGUGACUGUUUUUGUUGUCUCACUAGCUUUUUGGACACGUACAUUUUUAACCUUCUCCAAAAAAUAACCUUUAGUUGUUAAAUUGGCAAAAUCUCUGACAUUUUAUCAGCCUCUAGGUUAAUAAAACAUCAUUUUCACAAGUGGCAUGCACAGGAUAACCAUUGAAGGUGGUUCAUUAAGAAUAGCCAUCAAAAGCAGUGAAAAUAGAUAUUUUUGUAAAAUAUUGUCUCACCAUUUGCCUCACAGGGUAAUUUUAACAUUCAUACAACAUUCAAAAUCUUAAAGACUUGUUUUAUUGGAAUCUUAAUUAUUCUCAGACUUAUGACCUGUACAUUUUCAUUGUAUGUAUUAGUGUUUUUUACAUUGAAUCUUUUUAAAGCAAGCUUCUUGGCUCAGACAUGACUGAACAGAUUAAAAGCUUAUUGUACUAUCCAAACUGAGAUGACUUGUAUUUGUAGCACAUAUUGAUAUGAAGUUGGAUAUAAAGUAUUUCUAAUAUUACUGAAACACUUGCGCUAAUUAGAUUUAAGAGGAAUGUAGCGAAGAAAAUGUGAAAUAAAUCUUAGCUAAAGUUGUAA